UAGAUAAUUAGAGAUAUAACGCCUCUUGGAGAGGUCCUUAGCUUAGAGAAAAAUGGCCGAAGCAACGACAGGGUCCAUAGCCAAAGGAGCCACCCUCAACCAUAUUUCCAGAGAAUCCACUGAUAUUAGGCGCCUCGCAAAUUUCUAUAAACAGAUAUUUGGGUUCGAAGAGAUAGAGUCUCCAAAUUUUGGGGAUUUCAAGGUGAUAUGGCUGAAUCUUCCUUCAGCUUUCGCUCUUCACCUCAUCGAGAGAGACCCCACCACCAAGCUUCCCGAAGGCCCAUGGAGUGCCACGUCAGCUGUCGCCGACCCUAGCCAUAUUCGCAGAGGUCACCAUAUCUGCUUCUCAGUCUCCAAUUUUGAAUCUUUUGUCCAUACUCUCAAGGAAAAGGGAAUAGAGAAUUUUGAGAGUUCUGUACCUAAUCGUGGAGUCAAGCAAGUAUUCUUCUUUGAUCCAGAUGGGAAUGGCUUGGAAGUAGCCAGUCUCCCGCCACAGCAAUAAACCGGGUCAAGAAAAUUCAGUGGAGAAGAUGACAAUGUCACUGCCAUUGCUACACAAUUUAGCUUAUGCUUUCUUUCUAUUAUAGCGUGUUUUAGCCUAACCUCUAAGCGAGUUUUAGCCUAGCCUUCCGUAGAGGUCGCUUCUGCGCGCAUAGUUAUGUUACUAUAAAGAAAAUAAUGUUUGCACUACUUGUUAUCUAUAAAAGAAGUACUUAAAAUA